AUGAAAGAACAGAACGAAUUGGAAAAGGAAGAAGAAGGAAAAAAUAAAAAUACCUUUUCUAACGUUAAUAUAAAAGUUGAAGCAUAUGGAGAAGGUGAUUAUAGAUUGUUAAGGUAUUUACCUGAUGGCUCAUGUGUCUUUGAAGAAAUACCGAAUGAAGAAGACAAAAACCAAAAGAAUUUACAACAAUAUGCUCAGUUGUUUUAUUCAGUAAUGGAUAAGAUGAAUCAAGCAAAAGUUAUUGAUGAGAAUUUAAAAAAUAAUAAAGAAUGGAAUAAAGCAGAAGAAUAUCGAAUUUUAGUAGAAAAUGAUUUAAAAGAAUUAAUGAUAUUAUUUGAUAUGUUAUUAGGUACACUUAAUUAUGAUAAGGGUAGAAAAUUUUUAUCCUUUAAUAAAUGUCAAUAUAAUAAAGAUUCAGAAGAAAAUAAACAAGAUUUAUAUAUAGCUGUUACAAGUAGAAAAGAACUUUUAGAGAAGUUAAGAGAUUUAUGUGAAAAAACAAAAAUACAAAUUGAUUCAAUUAAUGGAAUUAUAGGACAAAAAUAUUAUCUAUGUUUUAUAAAUCAGUUAAUUAAACAUUGGAAAAUAUUGAAUAAAAAAUAUUCAGAAAUGGAUUAUAUGCAAUUUGAUAAUAAUUUUCCUUAUGUAACACAAUUAUCUGUAGAAUUCUUUUUUCUUCCUUCUAUAUUUUGGAAAUUUUCAUCCAACCCUAUAUUUUUAUCUUGGCCUCCGUUUCCAUCCUUUUCACCCUUUAAAUCACAAUAUGCUCAUUUAACAUUUUCAUUAAACUAUUUAGAAGAAGAAGGAGAUAUGCAAAAUAUAAUCAAAAACCUUUCAAAAAAAGAAGAGAAUUAUAUAUCAGAAUUGAAUUAUGAUAAAGAACUAGACAAUUCUAGUGUUAAGGAAAAUGGUGAGCAUAAUGAUAUGGUUGAUGAAAAUAUGGAGGGAAAGGAUUCGUUUCUGAUGGAUUCAGUUGAUAAUAAUUUUGAUCAAAAUGGUUGUAAAAAUGUAGAUGAUUUACAUAAACAGAUGUAUACAAAUAAUAAUCAAAAGAAUUAUAAAAUUUAUUAUCCGAACAUUAAAGAAGACGAAAUAAAAAUAUUUAAUUUAUUAGAUAAGACAAGUAAUAUUAAAGUUCAAUUUGAAGGAAUAGCUUCUCAUUUCAUAGAAAAUAAUUAUAUGUUACAAUUAGAUUUGUUCCCUCUUAAUGUUAAAUUAAAUAAUACACUUGAAUAUAGUGAAAACGUAUUACAAAAAAAAAAAAAAAUAAUGGAAAAAAUGUUUCCACAAAUCGUAAUUCCAAAGAAUAUCAUUUUUGAUCAAGCCAAGAAAGUUCAUGAAAAGUUAUCUAAAGCACAAUGGGUUUUAAUAGAUAAAUCCAUUUUUUCUAUUUUAGCUGAACAAGCUAAUAAUUUAAAGGACAAAAAUAAUGACAUAACAAUCAAUUUGGAUAAUAUACAAGAUGUACAUAAAAAAAUUAAAAUUCAUUGUACACAAAUAAAUCAUCAAUCAAUUGAAUUCUUAAUUCAUGAUAUCAAAAUUUCAUCAUUGUCGAAUAAAUAUAUUCCAGUAGAUUUCUCUUUAGUUAUUUCAUAUGAAUCUGUAGAUAAUCCAAACAUCAAAGAUGAUAAAAGUAGUAUAUCCGAAGAUGAAAAUACUUCUUCGGGUCAUAAUAAAGAUAUUGAUAGUCAAUAUACUUAUAAUACAACUAAAAUGAGUAAAUCUGACAAAGUAGACAAUACCGAAAAUAUCAAAAAUUCAGAAAAUAUAAACAACAAGCAAGUUUCAAUAACUAUAAAAAAUAAUACACGUGAUGAUAUCGUAUAUGAAAAAGAUGAAGCUAUUUCUAUAGAUUAUGAAUUAAUACAAAUAUUUUUAAAUUUAUCAUUAUCCAAAAUAAGAGAUUUAUUUAUUUGUUCAUGGAAAUAUUUUUCUUUUGAAUUACCAUAUUAUUCAGCAGAUAUACAUCCAUUAAUUUAUCAAAAUAAUUUUUCUGAUUAUAGAUCCAAUCCAUUGAUUACAAAUUUCUUUUCGUGGUUUUUAUCAUCAAUGAUUAAAUAUUUAAGAGUGAAAGAAAAAUUCAUAGGACCUUAA